AGCAGCGUUUGGGCUCAACAGACCCGGUGGGCGGCCCUUUGGCGAGGCCCCGAAACGUCGGGCGAGGCCAUGGAGGCCGAGGCGCCUGAUUUGAAGAGUUUCAUUCAGCAGGAGUUUCAGAAGCAGUCACUGCUCUUAUUAGGCUUAAGCGAUGAUGUGAAAGCACUCUUCGUGGACUUCUCCGCCCUCUAUCACCCGCUGCAGGGCGGGAGCCGUUGGCCCUCGGAGGGGCUUCCCGCGUCACCGGGGCCGAAGCCGCACAGUACGCGGGUGGAGGAAAAGGUCAUGGCCCCGGACCAGGAGGAGCAACACCCAGAUGAUGUGAGGAUGAGUGGCCAUCGGUUGAACCGCGGGAGCGUGCAGAGCACAGGGAGCAUGCAGAGCGCGGGAGGGCAAGUCCGGGCUGCCAGUGUGUCGCACACGCGGACGACGUCGCACAACCACCACUGGGAUCACAAUAUCCAACUCCAGUUCGCGGAGAAGAAGAACAAGGACCAGGCCAAGAUCCAGGACCCGACAGUGGAAGGAAGUAGCAACAGUUUGAAAUAUACCAGCUGCUUCAUGGUGAAGGGGCAACAGUUCGUGGCCUCGAACGCCUUCAACUACACGAUUUUGUUCCUCAUCUUGUUGAACCUGGUGCUUCUGGGCAUCGAAGUGGAUUUGGCCUCCGGAAUGCCCUACGGUGAAUCGCCCGCCUGGUUUGCGGAGAUCAAUCUGCUGGUGGUGGGCAUCUUCUGCUUCGAGGUCAUUGCCAAGAUCUUUUUCUUCGGCAUUCGGCACUUCUUCUGCGGCCGAGAGCCAUGGUGGAACAUCUUCGACUUCAUGGUCGUCUUGCUCUCGGUCCUGGAGGUCUUGAUUGAGUUCUUUAUUCAAAUCACGACCUCGGAGAUGGACACCAGCAACCUUCGGGUCAUGCGCUUCGUCCGCGUGGCCCGGACGCUGCGGGGGGUCCGCGUCAUCCGACUGCUGCGCUACAUCGGCUCCCUGCGCACCAUCAUGUUCUCCAUCGUGAGCACGCUGGGAAGUCUCUUUUGGACUUUGAUCCUGCUGCUGAUGCUCUGGUACUGCUUCAGUGUGAUCAUCACGCAAUCCGUUGCGGACUACUGCCGCUUGAACUUCCUCUUGGACAACAACGACACGUGCCCCCUGGAACUCACCAGACAUUGGAGUUCGGUGGCCGAGAGCAUGUUGACGCUCUUCCUGGCCAUUACUGGAGGUUUGAGCUGGUCAGAUGCUUUGUUUCCUUUGCGUUCGGUGGGCUUCACACCCUUCAUCAGCUUGUGUGUCUACAUUGUGAUUACGGUCUUCGCUGUUUUGAAUGUGGUCACAGGUGUGUUCUGCAACACCGCGAUCGAAUCGGCUGGGGCCGACCGGGAGAUUGCCAUUAUGAAGCAGAUGAAGAAGCAGGAUCAGCAGAUGGAGACUCUCCGGGAGAUUUUCGAGGAGAUCGAUAUCGACUGCUCCAGCCAGAUCAACUUAGCAGAGCUUAAGGACGCUUUGAGGUCUGCGAAGUUGAGAACUUUCAUGAACUCCUUGGGCAUCAGCACCGAGGAUGUUUGGACGCUCUUCAUGACAGUGGACACAGAUGGAAGUGGUGAGAUUUCCCUGGAUGAAUUUGUGCACGGAUGCAUGCAACUGCAAGGGCCAGCCAAAGGCUUGCAGGUUGCGAGGAUGAGCUAUGAGAACACGGUGAUGAGGGCCGAAAUGAAGAAGAUCAGGGAAGAUGUGUUGCACUUUCAGACCGAGAUGAUUCGAGCGUCACAGACGCGCGGACGGCCACUGAGCAUCCAAACGGGAAGCCCAACAUCCCCAAUGAUCUCGGGAUGAGCAGCCGGUUGGCUGUGGGCUGUAGAAGUGUCAUUCGGGAUGCUUUCCAGAAUUGUGGUGGUGGAAUUGGGAGAACGACCAACGUUCGACUCCACGUUCGAUGCGUAAAAAGGAAUCACGUCUCGAAAGAUGAACGAAUCGGCC